GUAAAUUUAUAAUUUUGGUUUUUUAAUGUUGGUAAUGGCAAUGGUGUCGGAAAGAAGUUGAGGUUAGAAAGUGAAUUAAAUGUGAAUUUUAUUUUUUAUGUAAAAAGUAUGUUGCGACGAAUUAACACGGUUGUAAAACCAUUGGCGGAACAUCUGCAUUUUCAAAACAAUCAAAGGAUAAUUUCGUCAUGUAACAUUAAGGCGCGACAAUUUUGUACACCUGCCCCUAAUACAGUACCGCAGUCUAAGAAAACUAUAAGCAAAGCAAUGAAAGCAUACCUUGAACGAGCUAAAGAACAUGAAGAAUUCAUGAAAGAGCAAACUGUAGAAUUUCAAAUUGGAAAGCGACAUUUGGCGAAUAUGAUGGGGGAAGAUCCUGAAUCGUUCACCCAGGAAGACAUUGAUAGCGCGAUAGAGUACUUAUUCCCGUCGGGAUUAUUUGAGAAAAAAGCGAGACCUUUCAUGCGCCCUCCAGAGGAGGUUUUUCCGCAGAGGAAAGCUGCAGAGUUUGAUGAAACCGGACGUCCUUACAACUUCUUGUUUUACACAGGAAAAGCAAAUUACUAUAAUGUUAUGCAUGAUAUCGUUGAGCAUAUUAAUGAGUGCUACAAGUUUGAAGAUUCCAUGAUAAGAAAAGGGGUUAAAUAUGACCCCACUUUGCAACUGGAUUUGUCUGGAUAUCAAUGGCUAGAUAAACCCUCUUUAGAACAAGAACUUGUAGAAACAAUUGGCGAUAAAGACUAUGAAAGUUUUGUUGCUACCAUGGAGAGACUCUGCAUUCUACCCUACUCUUACAGGUUCAAAGAUUUUAUUUUCAAGUAUAGAAAACCCUUAAUGACCCAUGAACAAACGUACCAAGCCCCUAAACCUCAGUUUGAUGCUGAUGGAAGAGCAUUUAUAACAACUUAUGAAUGUUUGAGGAAGAGAGCUCGCGGCCACGUGACCAUUCGUUCUCCCGGCACCGGUAAAAUUUCCAUAAACGGUGAGGACAUCUCAUACUUUAAAGAAACUCAGGGCAGAGAACAGGUAUUGUUCCCUCUCUUGUUUUCGAACAUGUUGAAUAAAGUGGACAUUGAGGCGGAAGUGGAAGGUGGCGGUCCUUCAAGUCAAGCUGGCGCGAUCCGUUGGGGCAUAGCCUGGGGUCUGAGAAGUUUUGUCGAUCAAGACAUGAUCGAAAAGAUGCGAUUAGCUGGUUUGCUGACAAGAGACUACCGCACGAAAGAGAGGAAGAAGCCAGGACAGCAAGGAGCAAGAAGGAAAUUCACUUGGAAGAAACGUUAGUUGUAUCACAAUCAGUUUAAUAAAGUAAAUUACAUUUCGUCUAAA